AUGACAAUUGAACAUAAAAUGGAAGCGGGAAAUGCACUGAAAGAGCAAGUUGUGGAAGCCACCUCCAUCUACAACUUUAAGAAAGUCAGAUACGACAAAGAAUUCCAGGGUCAGGUGUUGUAUCCCAUGAUAAUUAGCUUCCUGGUUCAUCUCCCGCCAGGCCAGUGUGAUGCUGCGCUGGGGAUGCAGUCGGGCGCCAUCCCCGACGACCACAUCUCCGCCUCCUCCUACUUUGACGCCGCCGUCAACGCCAUCUAUGGCAGGGCGCACGUGGAGGUGGGAGGAGGGGCGUGGUGCCCGAGGGAGAUGGUGUACCAGGAGGGCCUCCAGUACCUGGAGGUUAACCUCGGCGGCGUCCACGUCGUCACCAAGGUGGAGGUCCAGGGCAGGUUUGGCAACGGUCAGGGCAGAGAGUUCGCCAAGCAGUACAAGCUCCAGCUCUGGCGGCCCGGCAUGGCCCACUGGACCACUUACAGCGACGGUCGUGGGGAGGAGCUACUGGAAGGGAACACGAACACGUACCUGGCCCAGACCUCACAGUUGAGUCCACCCAUUAUAGCGGCCAGGGUGAGGUUUGUGCCCUACAGCGACCACCCCCGUACAGUGUGCAUGAGGGUGGAGGUCUACGGCUGCCGCUACACUGAUGGACUGGUGUCGUACACGAUGCCUGAGGGUGACCCCCGAGGGGGGGACAACAACCUCCGUGACCUGACCUACGACGGGUCACGUAAGGGCGGCUGGCUCUCUGGCGGCCUGGGUCAACUUACCGACGGGGAGACGGGUCACACUAACUUCCGGGUCGAUGCCCUCGGCCGUGGCAGAGGGUACGAGUGGGUGGGCUGGAAGAACGACUCCCGCCAGGCCCAGCCCGUUGAGAUCACCUUCGAGUUCGACUCCGUCAGGAACUUCUCCGCUGUUCACAUCUACGCCAACAACUUCUUCACCAAGGACACCCAGGUGUUCUCGAGGGCGAGGGUGCUGUUCAGCGUGGGCGGGGAACACUACCACGAGCAGUCAGCUGUUGAGUUCGAGUACGUGGUGGACCGGAUCUUCGAGCACGCCCGCAACGUCACCAUCAGACUCCACAAUGCCGCCGCCAAGUUCGUCAAGCUGCAGCUCUUCUUCUCCCUCAGGUGGAUCCUCAUCUCCGAGGUCGCCUUCGACUCAGAACCGUGUCGGUGUAAUAUGACAGAGGAAGCCCCGCCCUUGGCUUCAACGGAAGCUAGCGAGAAGGCUGUUCCUGUGGUUCCUGCCCACACUACAUCUUCGGGCUUCCUGGUGGGGGGACUGGUGACUCUCGGCGUGGUGUUUGGGGUCGUCCCAGUGGCCCUUUGCGUCCUCUACUACCGCAUGAGGCUCGUUAAGAAGACCAGCAAGUCUUCACCCUCCAAGGAGAACGGUGUCGAUACCAGGAAGGUCUCCAUGAAGAUGAAAGAUCUACACAUCAAUAUGAACCUCUCACAGUUGUCGAAUGGCUACUCUCGGGCGAAGGGAAAUCUCUACGGGCACGUGGCGAUGGAAGAGGAAGGUGGGUCGGUGUACCAAGAGCCUUACAAGGGACCAUUACAUAACCCCGGCUACCACACUCUAGGUCCCGCUAUGGCCACAUCGGACACGCCGUUCAAGUGUCCUUUGCCUCUGGACACCGACGAUUCGGUGGACUAUGCUGUGCCUGGCAUGAAUGUGACGCCUCCCCCGCCGUUUUCCGACGUCCGUUCCCCGGCUCCGCCUGUUCCUCUAACGCGGCCACCGCUGGCAAAGGUCAUAGGUCAAGAACACGCUAACCUCUCGUCUCCGACGCCGCCAAUACCACCGCCUCCAACACAACACUAUUUCACAGCCUCUCAAGUGUGUCAAACUGUCAACAUUCAGGGUGCUACAGGAAGUGUCAUAUAUGCCGUGACUGAUGCCUCCGAGCUGAGAAAUGCUCAGUCAAUCCCUGAAGUCGGAAGGCACAACCUACGUGUCUUGGAGACGAUUAGUGAGGGCGCUUUUGGCACAGUCCAACUCUGUGAGGUCAAAAACACUUCUAGAGACGGAUCGCAAACGUUAGUUCUAAAGACUCUCGAUACUAGAGUUGACAACGAAGUUAAGGAAGGUUUCAUACAAGAAGCUCAUGUGCUUAGUUGCAUUGACGACCCAAACAUUGCACGGCUGGUUGGUAUGACCACCCGCUCUGAGCCUCUGUGUAUACUGCAAGAGUACCUCGAAUAUGGGGACCUCUAUGAGUUCCUGCAAAGACACGGCCCUGAGAACUCCACGAUAGCACAAAGAGCAGUUUUCAAAGACAGCAGCGACAGCCCUCUUCUAAGUUAUGGUGCUCUGGUGUACAUAGCUUCUCAGGUGGCCUCUGGAAUGAAGCACUUGGAAAAACUAAAUGUGGUUCACCGAGAUCUGGCUAUCCGAAACUGUCUCGUGGGUCGAAGUCUUCAUAUUAAAGUAUCGGACUUGGGAAUGAGCCAAGCAAAAUACCACAGAGACUAUUACCAUCUGAGUGAAGACCAUGCGAUGCUGCCCAUCAGAUGGAUGGCAUGGGAGUCUAUCCUCCAGGGCCGGUUCUCUACCAAGAGUGACGUGUGGGCGUUCGGAGUGACGCUGUGGGAGAUCCUGACGAUGGCCCGUCAGCAGCCCUACGACGAGCUGAGUGACGACGGCGUGCUGGAGAACAUCUCUCACUGCUACCACGGCGACGGCUCUGGCAUGAUGGUGUUACCGCAGCCUCCCCUCUGCCCCCGCGAGAUGUAUGACAUGAUGACCGCAUGCUGGAGACCCAACGACCGCCAGCGUCCCCCCUUCUGGGAGAUCCACUUGUUCCUCCAACGGAAAAACCUGGGUUAUGCCCUCGACUAUCUGGACUGAGGAAUCCUAUGCCCUUCUUGGAUGUCACGCUCCUAUAAUGUUGUGAGCCUAAUGUUCCUGCUAUGUAGUCUUGGAGUUAUACCAUCGACCAACCAGUCAGACAUUCUGUAGCGUUCCAGAUAACUCCUCCUACGUAACAUCCUGUCCUGAACCAUUGAGUGCAAAACGGUGUGUUUUACAGGAUCCAAUAUUUCAAACAAAUCCAUGGCUUUAUCCAACCGAGAGGACUCGUACACAAAAUCUACUAGACAGAUACUGUCACUAGGAUACAGGAAGGAUUACUAUGAAUGUAUGGUUCCCUCACUGGCAGGUCCUCCCAAUGUUUACAUCUCUCAGCUAAUGGCGCCCAUGAGAUCUUUCCUAUGUUUCCAAACUGGCCGGGUAUUUGAGGCCUUGAAUUGGAAACCCGUGUGCAGAAUACCGUAUUGUGUUGUAGGGCUACCCCUGAAACAAGUAUAGAGGCUACAUGACCUCUACAAACAUUUCAUUUUUUCAGUUAAACAUCGUUAGCCACAAACUGACACGUGGUGAGGUCUGUGAUUAAUCUGUGAUAUAUUAUAGUCAGGGAAAUGGCCGUCAAUAUGGCGCCCAGUGAAAUAUUUUCUGUAAUAUUAGUUGUUUGUGCUACGCUAACUUUGUGAAAGCUUCAACUACUGACGCUCAACUUAUCACUAUUUUCAAGUGAAAAAAAUAAAAACAUGUAUCUAUCAAUAUUUUGUUAAACAAAACUUGGAACAGAAAUAUUGUGAAAAUGAACUUAUUAGUUUUAAAUCUAUAAGUGUCAUUUAAAGUGAACUUGUUACAGUAGUUGGUAGUUUUCAGUGGUCGAGAAUAUAUUUAGGAAAUUUUCGUGCCGUUUAUUUUGGCUUCGGAUAUUUUGUAUAGUUGUAUAAUUAUGUAAAAGCUUAUUAUCAUGUGAGUUAUACUUUGAUGAAAUCACUUUUGAAACAACAAUAAACAACCUUUUGAAACUGUGAACAAUAUAUAUAUAUAUAUAUAUAUAUAUAUAUAUAUAUAUAUAUAUAUAUAUAUAUAUAUAUAUAUAUAUAUAUAUAUAUAUAUAUAUAUAUAUAUAUAUAUAUAUAUAUACCUAAGUGCCAUGGUGGUAUAACUUAUUUGUAUCAUUUAAUUUGAGGAUGAUUGAUGUGACUUGAGUUUGAGUAGCUUAGUUGAGUGGUAUUUUGAGAGUGCCUGACUUAACGUGCUCACGAGCGCUCAUUCUUUUACCCCCUAGGCCCCAGGACAUCCUAGUAUCCUAGGUCCUAGGAUGUGUUAAUAUCCUAGGCACUAAGGGCUAGUAUUUUAGACACUAAGGGCUAGUAUUCUAGACGCCCAGGGUUAGAAUCCUAGACCCCCCCCCAGGGUCUAGAAUUCUUCUCUGCUACAUCAAAACCUUAGACCGAGCAAUUAUAGAAUAUCUUUUUUAAAACUUGACUUUUCACGAUGUAAAUGUGCAGUUUUAUUUAUUGAUUUGUUGUUCAUGAAUAAACAAGUUCAGCGUACAGGUACACAUUGCUAAAAUAAAAUAAAGAAUUGUGCCAAAUUUGACCAUUUCUCAAA